AUGAUCUUGAGGUUACAGGUUGAUAAAUACGGUCACCGCGUUGUGGUAGGUGGAAGCGAUCACAAUGUAGGUAUGGGAGGAUAUACACAGGGUGGAGGACACAGUCCGGUCUGUAGAAGUCUGGGAUUAGCUGUAGAUAAUCUACUUGAAGCCACACUGGUUUCAGCUGAUGGAAGACUCGUUACUGUUUCUGCUGAUGGGACUAAAAUACAGGAGGCUAAUGGUACUGUAACAGAAAGUUCAGAUACAGAUCUGUUCUGGGCAAUAAGAGGUGGGGGAGGGGGCACAUGGGGAAUCGUAACGACCUUCACCUUUAAACUGCAUGACCCUCCACCUGGGAUGGUUGUGUUUAGUGCUUCCUACCCACUGAUUGUUGAUCAAGAAAUUCCAGGAAGUAAUGUCUUGAAAAAAGUCUUUAAAUACAGCAUAAACAUGUCUCAAGGAUGGGGAGGAUACAUUGUAUUUACUAAUUACCCAACAGAUUUAACUGGGAAAAAUUUUGGUAUAAUAACAAUUUACAUGAAUUACUAUGGAACGUGGAGUUCAACUGUUCAGACCGAAUGGGAUGGAAUGAUAGCUAGUAUAAGUCAGACACCGCUAGCUAACACAGUCACCAACAAGACCAGUUUUUGGGAUUACGAGAAGGAUGUGGCACCAGAUAACAGUGACGGGAGAGUGUAUGUGUUUAAUACCCUGACACAGGAUGAUAGUGAUUAUGAUGGUAUGGUGGAUACAUUAAUGACACAGUCCAUAUCUGGUCCAGCUCAAGUUCUACAUGGCUGUACAUCAGUUCUUAUUGGAGGUGCAAUGAGAAACAAUCCACAAGAAGUUACAUCAAUAACGCCAUAUUUCAGAAAUGGUCUACACUCCCUCACGUGCUAUUUAGCCUGGCCUGAUGCCAGUAAAGAUGUCGAAGCAACUAAGGCAGCCAUUAAAUAUGGUGAUCAACUGAAAAAAUAUGGAAAGGGCAUUUAUUUUAACGAACCUACGCAAGAUGUCAACGACUGGAAGGAACAAUUCUGGGGACCAAAUUAUGCGCGGUUAUUGACUAUUAAGAAGAAAUGGGAUCCAAAGAAUUUGUUCACUUGUCAACAUUGUGUUGGUUCUGAUGAACAUUGUGAUGUCGACUCCUCGGCCCAGUCUAUUCUUAUCAACUGGUUUGUGAUGAUGAUUUUAUUAUUAUCCAUAUUAAAUAUAUGUUAACAAUGCUUUCUUACCAACUGGUUUGUGAUGAUGUUUUCAUUAUUAUCCAUAUUAAAUAUAUUUUAACAAUGCCUUCUUAUCAACUGGUUUGUGACGAUGAUUUUAUUAUUAUCCAUAUUAAAUAUAUGUUAACAAUGUGUUCAUCUUACCAACUGGUUUGUGAUGAUGAUUUCAUUAUUAUCCAUAUUAAAUAUAUUUUAACAAUGCCUUCUUAUCAACUGGUUUGAGAUAAUGAUUUUAUUAUUAUCCAUAGUAAUUAUAUUUUAACAAUGUUUUCUUAUCAACUGGUUUGAGAUGAUGAUUUUAUUAUUAUCCAUAUUAAAUAUAUUUUAACAAUGUUUUCUUAUCAACUGGUUUGUGACGAUGAUUUUAUUAUUACCUAUAUUUAAUAUAUUUUAACACACCUCGGUUAGCGCUAGCCCUAGCCCUGUCUACAUCUCGUGAACUUUGAUCAAAUCUGUAGAUGUUAAGAUGUUAUAUGUUCUAUUGUAGAUUUUAUAAAUGUUCUAUUGUAGGUGUUAGAGCGCUCUAUUGUAGGUUCUAUAUAUUGUAGAUGUUAUAUAUGUUCUAUUGUAGUUGCUAUAUAUGCUCUUUUGUAGGUGCUUUAUAUUGUAGAUGUUAUAUAUGUUCUAUUGUAGUUGUUAUAUAUGCUCUAUUGUAGAUGUUAUAUAUGUUCUAUUCAGGGGUGUCGUGCAAAAAAAAAAAAUGUCGGGGGGGUGGGGCAAUUUUCUGCAAUUGAAUUUACUGGCCGCAGGCACGAGCAUGCAAGGGAGGUCCGUGGGGCCCUCCCCCGGGAAAUUUUUAAAAUUAGAAGCCGGUAAACGCCAUUUCGAUGGAUUAGAGACAAUAAAGUUAUGAUUGAAAAAUGGUCGGUUUUUUAGUGAUAAUUUUAAUUUAUCACUCGAAAAUUGAAUUAUAUUUUAUUCAUCUGAACUUCGAUUUAAUUAUUGAAUGGAAAUUUAGAACAACUUCAUGCAAAACCCGAUUCCUUCCUCCACCCCAACCUCUGCCAGGGUUAUGGUCAAAUACGUAUUUUGAUGUAUUUGUAUUUUAAUAAAAAAAAUACUUUCAGUCUUUAUUUUUGACACCCGUAUAUAGAUAUCUUAUCAAAUACAACAUACAAUCAUAAAUAGGGAUUUUCUAGCUACAGCAAACUCUAUAAAUUAGAUCUUUAUUUACACAACAAGCACAAAAUCAACUCUGUAGACCCACGGAUGGCUUGGAUUUAAACAGGAUUUCAUUGAUUGAUUAAAUUUUUAAAUGGCAUCGUGAGCGGAGAUUAAUCAUUACGUUGACGUCAUAUUGCCGGAAAUUUUAGAUCGAGGCUAAAUGAUAGAGUGUACGAAGCGAGGCCGCUGUUGAGCGAGGCCUUACCAAAUGACAUCUAAACUAAAGUGCAAUAAACUAAACACAGAUAAUGACAAAUUAUACAAUUCGUGGAGACCGUGUGAUGACUAAAACGGUCUGAAUAAUAUCAAUAAAAAUAUUUUUAUUUCCCUGGGAAUUUGGGGGGGGGGGGGGCCCAAUGGGCACGACGCCACUGGUUCUAUUGUAGAUGCUAUAUAUGCUCUAUUGUAGUUGCUAUAUAUGUUCUAUUGUAGAUGUUAUAUAUGUUCUAUUGUAGAUGCUAUAUAUGUUCUAUUGUAGAUGUUAUAUAUGUUCUAUUGUAGAUGCUAUAUAUGUUCUAUUGUAGGGGCUAUAUAUGUUCUAUUGUAGAUGUUAUAUAUGUUCUAUUGUAGGGGCUAUAUAUGUUCUAUUGUAGAUGUUAUAUAAUUAUGUUCUAUUGUAGGUGCUAUAUAAUAUGUUCUAUUGUAGGUGCUAUAUAUGUUCUAUUGUAGAUUUUAUAUAUGUUCUAUUGUAUAUGUUAUGUAUGUUCUAUUGUAGAUGUUAUAUAUGUUAUAUUGUAGAUAUUAUAUAUGUUCUAUUGUA